AUGAUACGAGGUCUGCUGGCGGUCUUUGUGGUGGGAGCGCUGUGUCGCGUGUGCCCAGGGAACGUGGUGCUGGAGGAGGACGGCGCGGGCGCGUUUCACAUCAACACGAGCGAUCCUCACCAGCAGCCAGUGUUUGUGAACGGAAUGGAUGUGCAACAGAUGUACACCAGGCUGCAGGAGCAGCAGAAGCUCAUUGAAGUUCAGCAGGACAUGCUUGGAGCCCAAAACUUGGCGAUUCAAACACUGGGCAACACCCUCCACGUCUUCCGUUCCGCGUCCUGCCCAGCGUCUGCAAGGAGCACCAUUUCCGCUGGUUCUGGAGACUACAAAUGGAAUGGGGGCGUCUUGGCCCCGAAUGGCCACAUUUACGCCAUCCCUGCCGCUGCCACGGCGAUCCUCAUCAUCGACCCAAACUCCAACACUGCUGACAGAACCUCAAUUACUCACAGUGGCAUUUCUGGUGGGCGCAAGUGGCAUGGCACCGCCUUGGGCGGCAACGGGUUCAUCCACGGCAUUCCUUACGACUCGCGCUCUGUUCUCAUCAUCAACCCCAACACAAAGACGAUUGACACAACCACCAUCAGCGGCAUUUCGGGUUACCAGAAAUGGCAUGGAGCCGUGGCAGCGAAGAAUGGGUUUGUUGUUGGCAUCCCUCGCGACUAUUACAAGGCGCUGAUCAUCGAUCCCAUCACCAACCGAGCCACACGGCACAGCAUCAGCGGACUCCCUGCCGGCGACGUAGGUGUUGGCGGGUCCUACAAUUCUGCACUGCGCUUGGACAACAACCUCAUCUACGGCAUCCCGAGGAGUGCUCCUGCCGUGCUGAUCAUUGAUCCAAGCACCAACACUGUUGACACAACGAGCAUCGCUGGAAUAAGUGGUGGCACGUGGGAAGGGGCGGCCCAGGCUGGCAACGGGCUCAUCUUUUCUGUCCCCUACAGCUCAAAGUCUGUGCUCAUCAUUGACCCGAAGUUGCGAACUGCAGACACAACAACCAUCACAGGCAUUUCUGGUGGGCGCAAGUGGCAUGGCACCGCCCCGGGCGGCAACGGGUUCAUCCACGGCAUUCCUUACGACUCGCGCUCUGUUCUCAUCAUCAACCCCAACACAAAGACGAUUGACACAACCACCAUCAGCGGCAUUUCGGGUUACCAGAAAUGGCAUGGAGCCGUGGCAGCGAAGAAUGGGUUUGUUGUUGGCAUCCCUCGCGACUAUUACAAGGCGCUGAUCAUCGAUCCCAUCACCAACCGAGCCACACGGCACAGCAUCAGCGGACUCCCUGCCGGGGACGCCAGAUGGUACGGAGGUGUGCUUGCAGACAACGGUCUGAUUUACGGCAUCCCAUACCGCGUUGGCACGUGUCUCGUGAUGGAUCCAGGAUGCUAA